GCGCGCAGUACACAGAAGGCCUUGGAAAUAUCAGAGCAGGUUAAAAAUGGCAAGGAAUUUGUCUACGGGAAUCUCGAACACAAAACACCAGUUUUGCUGUCUCUGUCCAGAUACAUAAGAAGUGGAGCAAGGGAUUCACUCGAUCAUCCUUCCUGCUCAGACUGUGGGGAGGGAUUCACUCGGUCAUCUGAACGACUGGCACACCGGUCAUUUUAAACAGGUGAGGAACCCAUUCAUCUGCUCAGACAGUGGGAAUGGAUACAGUUGGUCAUUUCAUCUGAAGGGACAUCACCAAGUUCACACUGGGACAAGGCCAUUCACCUAUUCUGUGUGUGAGAAGGGAUUCAGUCGGUCAUCCCACCUGUGGACACACCAGUCAGUUCACACUGGGCAGAGGCUGGUCCUUUGGUGAAUUUGGGGAAGGAUUCACUCGGUCAUCUGACCUAAUGGUUCACUAGCAAAUUCACUCCGGGGAGCGGCCGUUCACCUGCUCAGACUGUCGGAAGGGAUUCACUUGGUCAUCCACCCAAAUGGCUCACCAACGAGUUCACACUGGGCAGUGGCGGUUCACCUGCUCAGACUGUGGGAAGGGAUUCACUUGGUCAUACCAACUGAAGGUGCAUCAGAGAGUUCACACUGGAGAGAGAACAUUCACCUGCUCAGACUGUGGGAAGGGAUUCAUUCGGUGAUCUGAACUGAAGGUACAUCAGAGAGUUCACACUGGGGAGAAGCCGCUCUCCUGCUCAGACUGUGGGAAGGGAUUCACUCAGUCAUCUGAACUGAAGGCACAUGAGAGAAUUCACACUGGAGAGAGGCCAUUCACCUGCUCAGACUGUGGGAAGGGAUUCACUCGGUCAUCCACCCUAAUGGUACACCAACGAGUUCACAACGGGCAGCCGCCAUUCACCUGCUCGGACUGUGGGAAGGGAUUCAUUUGGUCAUGCCAACUGAAGGUACAUCAACGAGUUCACACUGGGGAGAGGCCGUUCACCUGCUCGGACUGUGGGAAGAGAUUCACUUGCUCAUCUGAACUGAAGGUGCAUCAGAGAGUUCACACUGGAGAGAGACCUUUCACCUGCUCAGACUGUGGGAAGGGAUUCAUUCGGUCAUCUGAACUGAAGGUACAUCAGAGAGUUCACACUGGAGAGAGGCCAUUCAACUGCUCAGACUGUGGGAAGGGAUUCACUCAGUCAUUUAAGCUGAAAGUACAUCAGCGAGUUCACACUGGGGAGCGGCCAUUCACCUGCUUAGAGUGUGGGAAGGGAUUCACUCAGUCUGCCCACCUACGAGCACACAGGUCAGUUCACACUGGGGAGAGGCUGUUUACCUGUUUGUACUGUGGGGAGGGAUUCAUUUUGUCAACUCAGCUACUGAGACACCAGUCAGUUCAUAGUGGGGAGAGGCCAUUCACCUGCUCAGACUGUGGGAAGGGAUUCACUCAGUCAUACACCCUAAUGGCUCACCAGCGAGUUCACACCGCGGAGCGGCCGUUCACCUGUUUGGACUGUGGGAAGGGAUUCACUUGCUCAUCUAAACUGAAGCUACAUCAGAGAGUUCACACUGGAGAGAGGCCAUUCACCUGCUUAGGCUGUGGGAAGGGAUUCAUCACAUCAUCUGAACUGAAGGUACAUCGGAGAGUUCACACCAGAGAGAGGCCAUUCACCUGCUCAGACUGUGGGAAGGGAUUCACUGGGUCAUCCCAACUACAAGCACACCAGUCAAUUCACACUGGGGAGAGGCCAUUCACCUGCUCAGUCUGCGGGAAGGGAUUCAGUCAGUCAUCUAAUCUGAAGGUACACCUGCGAGUUCACACUGGGAAGAAGCCAUUCACCGUCUGAAGCCUGAAUUUUACCUCUGCAUAGACGCUACUUGUGUGUUCUUGUGCCUGUGUCACUCUGCCAAAACGCUAGUUGGCGUUGGGGUUCUAUGCUACUGUGUUGCAUUGACUCGUGCUGAGUUGGGAACGAUGGCGACUGCUGACUACAUCUUGUUGGAGUUCGAGCUAAUCGAUGUUGAACAAGAGUUACUUUUAUUGAAAUUACUGCAGCGCAGGAAAGAGAGAAGUUUUUCCAUUACUUUGUGCAGUCCACAAUGUCCAAACCGAUGUUUGUGAAAAUUUCUUUGCACGAAUUUGAUGCCAUUUUCAAGUGUUUAUUCUCUGCCGUUGAAGAGUCAUGCAAAUGUACAUAUUUUCUGACUACAUCACUUAUCCUUUCCUCGACUUGGUCCACUUUCCAACUUCGAAGCAACUGGAAAUUCAUAGGAUGAAACUGGCUGCUGCCAAGUGAACCAUUCACAGUUCUUGCGGUCUGUGUCACCACGACGCAUAGCUACAUUUUUGGGAAUGUGCACGUUAGGCUACAUUAGGUAAAAGACUUUCUUGGAGGCGCUACAUGGAGUGGUUAGCUUUCGGGCCUUGCUCCACUCAUUUUAAAUUGUCUUACCACCCCUUUAAUAUCUUUAUCAAAGUGUUUAUAACAGUUUUAUAUGUUUGAAUUUGGAUUUUAAUCGACUGAAAUGGCUUAUAGAGGAAGAAAGGCAUUAGCUGAAGGCGAGGAAACUGGCAAUGGAAAUGGGAAGAAAGAAGAUGUCUUUGAACCGCCUAAAGAGUUUCAACUUACUUUACAGGCUAUCUCGAAUCUUUUGGAUGAAAAACUGGAUAAAAGGUUUACUACUUUGGAAGUAUGGUUCAAGGAGAGCUAAGGUGGAUUGGCAACACUUGAAAAGAAGAAUGAAAAACAGCAGUGACAAAUUUCAGUGCCUUAUAAGCUGGAAAACAGAGAGAUCACAAAUUGAAUUCUUUGGAAAAGAAACGAACUUCGAUCACUCAUACAUUGGAGCAGAAUAAAGUCAGGUUUACUGAUUUGGAGAGUCGAAGCCACAGACUGAAUUUGCGAAUAAUAGACUCAGUGAGGACAUUGAGAGCAGGGAUCUUACUCAUUUUUUUCUCAAUUCUGAAUGGAGGUCUUUGGCUCAGAGGUUUUUCUUCUCUUCCUGCGCUCGACCGCACACAUCGGGCGCUGAAACCAAAACCGUCGAAAGGGUUAAAACCGCGUCAUGUAAUUCUACGAUGUCACAAUGUGAAUACUAAGGAGCUCUUCAUUCCGAUUGCUCAUCAGAAAGGAGUUACUGAGCAUCAGCAUCUUUAGUUUCAUUUUGCUGAAGAUUGUUGUCCUGAGGUUAUGCAAGAAAGAUCGCGUUUUAAAAUGGUGAUGUCAGAAUUAUAUCAGAGGAUUCUUCAUCUGGCUUUGUUAUAUCCCUUUCACCUAAGGGUUGUUCUGCCUCAUAGAUCAUUUAAAUGGUUACAAUCCAUGGAUGAAGCAAAACAAUUUCUCGAAGAUCUAAGCUUGAAUGCAGAUGUUUAAUAUUUUGAAGAUCAAUAUUUGUGUUUGGAUGUCUAUAAAAUUUACCAUUCCUUUAUGUCUGUGUAUAUCUGGUUUAUUUGUUAACAACCAAAUUUAUUAGUUAAUAAAUUUGGACACUUUAGAACUUCGCCCUUGGGUUGAUUACAGUCGUACUGUGUUCUGAUGUACGGAUAUUUAUUAUGUUUCCAUGUUAAAGUUCCUUUCUUUUACAUUCAUUGUUUUAGUUUUUUUAUUUUUAAUUGUUUGCUUUUGAAAAUUAAUAAGACUCUGAUUUGCUGAAUUUUUUUUUCUUGAAGUAUUAUUAAGAUUGUAUUUUGUGUCAUUUUUAAAGACGUCAUUUAAAACGGUCUGCAAUAGGCUGUUUUCUCUGAAAUGUGUUUGACAUUCCUCAUAAUUUUUUGACUAUGGAUGGUUUGUUUAUAUUUUUGUAAUUUGGAGAUUUUUCCUCAUGGGAGAUGGGGGUAGUGAGGUUCUUAGAUAGUUCUCUGGCUCUCUAUUGGCCAGGUUUUUGGUCUUUGUGGGUGGGGGAAUAGGGCUAUUAGUCUAGUAUUUUUCUUUUGGGCUGAAUUGAAUCUACAAAAAUGUCUCUGUUGUCAUAUCUUCUGGUUCCUCUUUAAACUUUCCCUCUUCCUGAUUCGUUUCCUAUGCAAUAUGGUUAACACUUUACAUACUACACUGUUUAUUUAAGGACAAUGGAUAUCAUUAAUUAUUUUGGAAUUAUUAAUUUUGUUUCAUGGAAUACAAAUGGUUUGAAUCAUCCAAUUAAAUGCAAGAAGAUUUUUAGAGUUUUUCAU